AUGGCUGCCACCCCUGCAUCCACAACCGAUUCACCCAUUGUCACCAUCAAUGCCGCAACAACCAUCAAUGAAAAACUCACCCCCUCUACUUUUCCUCAGUGGAGGGUGCAAUUUGAAGCCUUGCUCACCGGUUAUGACCUCAUUGAUUUUGUCACUGGUGUCAAACAAUGUCCUGCUAUUGAUGCCACGAACUCUGCUGCAUCCCGUGCCGCGAACUCCCACUGGGUUCGCCAAGACAAGCUCAUCCUCCACGCCAUUCUUGCUUCCACCUCAACCACUAUCACCCCUCUUCUUGUUGCUUACAAAACCUCUCAUGAAGCGUGGAGAGCACUAACCCGUUUAUAUGCAGGGAAGUCUAGAACUCGUGCGAUGCAGCUCAAGGAAGACUUGACCCUGAGCACUCGUGGAAAUCGCAUGGUUACUGAGUUUCUUCAGGCCAUCAAAGUGCUUGCCGAUGAGCUUGCCAUCAUUGAUCAUCCGGUUUCGGAUGAUGACCUAACCCUCUACAUCCUCAAUGGAUUGGGUCCCGAAUUCAGAGAGAUUGCGGCACCGAUUCGCACUCGAGAGACCUCUCUGAAAUUUGAAGAAAUACAUGACCUUCUUGUAGGUCAUGAGAGCUAUCUUCGCCGACUGGAGCACCAAUCGGCAACUACAUUUGUGCCCACUGCUAAUUUCACUCAUCGGCAAGGAGGAAACUCUGCACAGAACAAACAACACGGUAAGCCCUAUUCCCACUAA